ACUUAAGGUGUUUCAUAUUUUUUUUAUAUAUAAAUUAGAAAAAAAUUCUUAACAGUUUUUUGCUUCAUCAUUAUGGGUUAUUGUGUGUAGAUUGAUGAGGAAUUGUGUUUAUCCAUUUUAGAAUAAGGCUGUAAGAAAAUGUGGGAGAAGUCAAGGGUGUCUGAAUACUUUCCGAAUUCACUGUAUUUAUGCAUCGCAUGUCCCUUUAAUACUGUAUGUGUGUGUAUUCUCUGUUUGGAUAUAUGGGUGGCUGGGGACAGUAGUUGUCUUGGAUGCAGUUUUGUCAAUCAUCUAGGGACACUGGGAGUGGAAUCCGAGGGUACAGAUAAAGUGAGAGAAGGGAAAGUACAGCUGAGUGAACACACCUGGCAGAUGGGAGUGGCUACCAAACCAGCUAAAGAACUGGUGAACCUGCUAGUAUGGAUGCCCUCAUGGCCUGCCUGGUGGCCAUGUGUCUCUGUCUGGUCCUCCCAGUGAGCUGGUCCCAGAGCACACACAAGUCAGAGGAGUUUAUCAAUACCCAGCCUCAACCUGCCCCUGGAGUACUACCACAACCGGCUCCUGCAGCAGCACACAUACAGGAUGUGCUGAAGAGUAAAGAGGAGACCGAGAUCACUUCAAAACAAAUGUAUGCGAAUGUGGGCCACGACAACGCCAAGCUGGGCCUGUUCAUAGCUGCUGCCCUGGGAACCAUGGUGCUGAUGGGCAUGGUCUACUGCAUCUACAUCCAGUUUUACACCAAGCACCAGUACCUGCACACCCAGCUCCACGACGACUCUGAGUUGACCCUUGACCUCCCAGAGGCACCUCCUGUUUUCUUUCACAGUUCCGUCGGUGCAAUGGACAGAAAGGGAGAGGUGUGGAGAUCUGGUAAUGGAUCUUUCAUCUCUACCACACCCUCCAUCAUCUCCGUACCACCCAGGCUGUCCCCUCCUCCCUCCGCUGUGCCCUACCUUCCCCUCUUCCUCACCUCUUACCCUCUCAGGACCAUAUCCGUUAGAGAUCUGGAGAGAAGCUUUGUCUGAAAUGAGUUACUUAUCACCAUUGACUGGAGACCUAUUAACCUGAUCAUUAAGAACAAUGUUUUUUCUCUUAGCUAAAUUAACAGAAGUUGGUGCUGUUGAACUCAUAAUAAAAUGGACUCUCACUGUGCAUUUCCUGUGAUCCUAUGGUUUUUGGAAAUUCAAAAAUUCGACAACUGAACUAUUUUUGUCUGCAGUACUAUGGUAGAUGAGUAGCCUACUGUAGAUCACAUGCCAUGUCAUAUUCAGGCCAGUAGGUGCUAGAACAUGGUGCUACUGGUGAUACAGUAGGGUGAUUUUAUGAUUAAGACCUCAGUGAUGGCAGGGAUUGGAAUAAGAAUCUCAUCAAUAAAAACAAAAUAGCCUGAAAUAGUAGCCAAUAGUACUCAUAAUGUGGCUGGAUCAGAGCACAUCCAUGUUUGUGGGUGUACAGUUAUUAUGGUGAGCUUUAAUUUAAGAUAUUGGUUAUACUUCCAAUCACAUCCCCAAUCUCUGGGGACCACUCUGGCCCUAAAUGACCUGUUUCUCCAGUACAUGUUUGUCAGAAUAGACUAAUCUAAUGCCCUUCAUUCAGUGUUUGUGUGGUACAAGAAUAGCCAGGCUACUUAACACACGGGGCUGCAGGAAAGGAAGUGACACCAUACCUCGCUACACAAUCGGGCAGAUUAGCGUUGGGGGCAGUAAUCUGGUUUCAGCACCAUGGAUAGCUACACUCGCAGCCAGACAGCGGUCGACCGUUCGAGAUACACAUUUGGAUUUGUUUUAUAAAUUAUUUUUAACUUGCUAAAGCACUGCUAAAACAACGUUGGCUAUUGUUUGAUCUCAAUUUGUCAAAUGUGCGAAUGGGAAGUGUUGGUGCUUUUUGUCUUGAAUAUUUACUUGCGGCUCACUUUGGUUUGAUUUAGACUAGAAUAAUCAGAGGGCAUAGGAGGGUGUGGAUGUCUGUGCAUAACUCUGUGGGUAAAAACGGUGUGGACCAGCUGGUUGAGAAAGGAAAGCGAGGUUUAAUGGUGUGUGAGUGAAAGGUUAAGGGCGGAGGGAGAAGGUGAUAGGGAAGAGAGCUACGCGCUCAAGCGGGAGUGCACGCGGGAAGCAAAUCGGUCGGAGUUUGGAACCGGGAGGAUGGAGAUCCGACCAGAUAGGUUUAAGAUCGUGGCGGGCAAGACCCUUGGAAAAUUACACAAAAUCCUAGAGAAGCGGCAGGAAAAUGGCGAGACAAUCGAGCUCACCGAUGAGGGUCAGGCAGUUAUUGUGGAGGAGAAGGAGAUGCCCGUGGUGGACUGCACCUGUUUCGGCCUGCCCCGACGCUACAUCAUCGCCAUCCUCUCCGGCCUGGGCUUCUGCAUCUCCUUCGGUAUCCGAUGCAACUUGGGCGUUGCCAUCGUCAGCAUGGUCAACAACCAAACCAUCUACAAGGGCGACAAGCCGAUUCUUGUGAAAGCUCAGUUCAACUGGGAACCAGAAACGGUCGGAAUGAUCCAUGGGUCAUUUUUCUGGGGAUACAUAGUAACCCAAAUACCCGGGGGAUUCAUCUGUCAAAAAUUUGCAGCCAACAGAGUCUUUGGUUUUGCCAUUGUGGCCACCUCAUGCCUGAAUAUGUUGAUCCCAUCGGCAGCACGAACUCACAUUGGAUGCGUUAUCCUUGUCAGGAUAUGUCAAGGACUCGUGGAGGGUGUUUCAUACCCAGCAUGCCACGGCAUCUGGGCAAAAUGGGCCCCGCCUCUUGAAAGAAGUCGAUUGGCCACAACAGCUUUUUGUGGGUCCUAUGCAGGAGCCGUGAUAGCCAUGCCACUGGCUGGAGUGCUAGUCCAGUACUCAGGGUGGUCGUCUGUCUUCUAUGUCUACGGCAGCUUUGGGAUCUUCUGGUAUCUCUUCUGGAUCCUGGUGUCAUACGAGAGUCCGGCAGCCCACCCUACCAUCACAGAAGAGGAGCAGAAAUACAUUGAAGAGGCAAUCGGAAUGUCAGCCGCUAAUGCCACACCUGUUACGAAAUGGAACACGCCUUGGAGAGCCUUUUUCACUUCGAUGCCGGUCUACGCCAUCAUCGUGGCCAAUUUCUGUAGAAGCUGGACCUUCUACUUGCUCCUCAUCAGCCAACCUGCAUACUUUGAGGAAGUGUUUGGGUUUGAGAUCAGCAAGGUGGGCAUGGUGUCGGCGCUCCCCCAUCUAGUGAUGACCAUCAUCGUGCCGAUCGGGGGCCAGCUGGCUGACUACCUGCGCACAAACAAAAUCAUGAGCACCACCAAUGUCAGGAAGAUGAUGAACUGUGGAGGUUUCGGAAUGGAAGCCACCCUACUGCUAGUGGUCGGGUUUUCUCAUACGAAAGCUGUGGCUAUCACCUUUUUGGUUUUGGCUGUGGGCUUCAGUGGGUUCGCUAUUUCAGGCUUUAAUGUGAACCAUCUGGACAUUGCUCCCCGCUAUGCCAGUAUCCUCAUGGGCAUCUCCAACGGUGUGGGCACUUUGUCUGGCAUGGUGUGCCCGCUCAUUGUUGGCGCCAUGACCAAACACAAGACGCGGGAAGAGUGGCAGUAUGUGUUUCUCAUUGCUGCACUAGUUCAUUACGGCGGUGUUAUAUUCUAUGGACUUUUUGCCUCUGGAGAAAAGCAGUGGUGGGCAGAGCCCGAGCAACUUAGUGAUGACAAGUGUGGAAUUCUGGAUGAGGAUGAGCUGGCCAACGAGACGGAGGAGUUGUACCGUACCAGCGGAGGAGGAGGCUACGGAGCAACGAGCCAAGCCCCGGAUCCCAAUGGAGGAGGAGGAGGAGGUGCAGGAACCUGGGUUUCAGACUGGGACAAGACUGAAGAGCUAGUACAACCACCAGGAACCAAUAGUUACCUACAUGGAGGAGAGGAAGACAGGGAGCUAACAUAGAGGGAGUUACAGGGUGGGGUAGCAGACAGAAAGAAUACGUAAAAGAGUGAAAAGUUUCCUUGUGGUACCGGAUCUUGGAAAGGGGUGGAUUAGGUAGAUGGGAUGAGGGCAAGGAGCGGAAGAGGAGGAAGAAAAGCCAGCAUGACCAUAGUAUUAUUUAUGGAGAACUGAAAAUUAUUGUACAAAAGUGGAAAGAGGAUGAGCCAUAGCUGUACUAAGCGUGUGUAUGUGAGUGUGUUUUUGCAUUUGUGUACUGUGUGUGAGACACUCUCACUAAGAGUAUUUUAGGGCACCAAAGCUUCUUUGUCGAUACUGGUACACCUCUUAUUGAAGAAGGAUAUUUUUAGGCCCAGUUUGGUUGCUUUCAUUAACAGUGUGUUUAUUAUAACCCACCAUAUGGGUUGUCAGUUUGGUUUAUAUUCCAUAAUGAGGAUGAGCCUGAUUUUUGUUACCAUGUUUGUCACAAGACUACCUGUAGAUCUACAACUGAAUGCCAUAUACUAUAUCACAAUCUGGUGGCUAACAACAUGUUAAUUCAAUCCAUGAUAAUGUUCACACUUUUAAGAAAAAACAUCUUACUUGUGCCAAUAAGUAGUAUUGGUUUGCUUAAUCUGGAGAGAUGCAGUCUAAAAAUUCAAAUGUUAUUGACUUACAGCAUUGUAACUACCAGUUUAUCUUUAGACUGUUCAGUAUUCCUUCCACAGUAUCAGUUCAAUGAGUACAAUUAACCAUUCUAUCAUGUCAACGAAUUGUAUACAUUAGGCCUCUAACCUGUCUGCCUGGUUGAAAAUGAUUGUCUAUUGAGAUGUUGCCUUGGAAAUAAUUACAAGGGAUGUGGUUUUAGAAAAAUAGUCAGAAGGAUGAGAAAAAUAGUUGCGCCAAAGACUAACUCAGAAACAUCACCCAAUCCAAGUUCUGCAAAAUAUAGUGAAAGAAGUUUAUUGACAGGUAAUACUGGUAUUUGACAGGUAUACUGGUAUAUAUUUCACAUACAUUUGUUAGACUCUUCUGUUUUACUUUAUAUAAGACUGUAAGUAUGACGGUGUUUUGGGAAAGGAAAAUGUAGAAUCGCAUAAAACGUAAUAGUAUUGUUCUGUAACAAGUCUGGAUUCCGUAUAUACACUGUAUUCUCCACCUCCAAUAGACUCGUACUUAUGCUAUUGUAGCUUUGUAUUGAUUUCCACUGUUUGUCUUGCCGGUCACGCUUGAUAUAUUGUGAUGUCAGUGCGCUCGUGCCGAAGAACCAGUUUGCAGGCAACAAGGAGCCCAAAAAAAAAGAACACACGCCAGCCUGUGCCCACCGUCACAGUGACUAAACAAUAACACACGGAGGGAGAGAGACUGUGGUGUCAUGAUCCCAAAGAGCGCCCACCAUGACCCUAUCAAUCACUCAUCCAAACCAGUCAAAUAGUGACUGCUUUGAAGGGCAAAAUGGUGCAUGAAGCUAUAUACCAGCCAAUGGUUGACAGUACAUUUCAAACAUGAUAUUGAUGUAGCCCCUGGCUCCCUCCAAUGCAGGGCCGUGUUCAUUAAGCACCAAAAGAAGAAGAAAAACUGACUGAAACAGGGAGGGACUACCUCGACUUAUGAAAUACACGACCCUGGUGUCCAUACAGAGCAGAGAAGGGGAACCGGAGAUCUCUCUCUCCUAUGGAGGAAUAUCUCUCUCACCAACCCCUCCCUUUACUUAUAUAGCCUGCACUGAAGUGGAACUCUGGAUAUACUUAGGCAUGUCGGUAGGCUAUAUUUUUACUCACUUAGUCAAAAAGCAAUAACUAAUGAAUUAUGUAUGUCACUGAAAAUGUUGAAUUUCUGUACAUAAAUAAUAACUUUACUGGUGAGCUUUUUGAGUUGUUUAGUUAGCCUUGGAGCCCAAAGAUAAAACCCAUGUUUUCAUUGCUAAAGCAGAGUCAUGUCACACUUUCAGACUUAGAUCAAAUAUGGCAAAAACAUGAAAGUAUUUUGAGGUACACUUGAUAUAGCUUGAUGUUUGCACUUUUGGGACAAUUUCAUUGGCUCUUCUGUACCAGGCAAACUAAAUCAAGUGCAGCUUAAGUAUUUAAACGUUUUUUACUUACAUAUUUCACCCAGGUCUGAUCACUUUGACUGACGAGUUUGUUUCAGUCAUUGGCGAUAAACAGUAUUAGUCUUUCACAGUCCUGGAAAGGAUGAAUAUUUACUGUUAGGGUUUUUACUGUGCUUGUGUUUUUGUUUAUUUUUUAUAGACUGUCAGCUGCUUUCAUUCUUUAACAGUUUUGUUUUGUUCUUUACUGUAAAAUUGUGUAUGUAAAAAACAUGUACAUGUGGAAAAAAUA